CUCCUACAGCGGAGGGGGUCGCGUGUCUUUCCCGGGUCACUAACCUGUUAACUCUCACGUACCUUCUGUUGCCCUGUGUUCUGCACUAGUCCUUGGAGUCGUUAGGAGGGACUCAGACAGACCCAGGAAACCUCGAAAUGGACUCAUUGGCCUUUGAGGAUGUGGCUGUGAACUUCACCCUGGAGGAGUGGGUUUUACUGGAUUCCUCACAGAGGAAACUCUACAGAGAUGUGAUGCGGGAAAACUUCCAGAACCUGGUCUCAGUAGAAACAAAACAGGAAGAUCAUGACAUUGAAGAUCAGUACAAAAACCAGGGGAGAAAAUUAAGAAGUCCUAGGGUAGAGAUACUCUCUGGAAGUAAAGGCAGUAUUUUCUGUGAAGAAAACUUCACCCUUAUUCCAACUCUCAAUCUGAAGAAGAAAAUUCCUGGUUUAAAACCAUGGGAAUGCAGUGCAUGUGCAAAGGUCUUCAUGCAUCAUUCAUCCUUUAAUAGACAUAUGAAAUGUCACAUUGAAGACAAACCAAGAGAGUAUCAAAAGUACCAUGAGAAGGUGUAUAAAUGUAAAGAAUGUGGGAAAGCAUUCAUUUCUCCUAGUUCUCUUAGAACACAUGAAAGGAGUCACACUGGAGCGAAGCCCUAUGCAUGUGAACAAUGUGGAAAAGUCUUUCGAUAUCAAAAAUCCUUCCGACUACACAAAAGAACUCACACAGGGGAGAAACCCUAUGAAUGUAAGGAAUGUGGGAAAGCCUUCAUGUGGGAAACAACUUUUCGAAAACACAUGGUAACUCACACUGGAGAUUUACCUUAUAAAUGUCAGAAAUGUGAGAAAGCAUUCAUUUAUCCCAGUUGUCUUCGAAUGCACGAAAGCAGUCACAAUGGAGAGAAACCCUAUCAAUGUAAACAAUGUGGAAAAGCCUUUAAAAGUCCUGAAACUAUUCAAAUACAUGAAAGAAUUCACAGAGGAGAGAAACUCUAUGAAUGUAAGCAGUGUGGUAAAGCCUUCAAUCAUUUCAGUUCCUUACAGCUACACAAAAGACAUCACACAGGAGAGACACCGUAUGUGUGUAAAACAUGUUCUAAAGUAUUGAAUACUGCCCGGUCUCUUCGAAAUCAUGAAAGGAUCCACACUGGAGAAAAACCCUAUGAAUGUAAGGAAUGUGGGAAAGCCUUCACAUGGAAAAUAACCCUUCAGAAACACAUGAUAACACACACUGGAGAUGGACCUUAUAAAUGUAAAGAAUGUGAGAGAGUAUUCAUUAAUCCCAGUUCUCUUAAAACACAUGAAAGGAGUCACACUGGAGAGAAACCAUAUCAAUGUGAACAAUGUGGUAAAAGUUAUAGAUAUCCAGCAGUUUUGAAAAUACAUCGAAGGACCCAUACUUGAGAAAAACCCUAUGAAUGUAAAAAUGAAGGGAAAACCUUCACUUCCGUAUAUUUUCAAGUGCAUGAAAGAAUUCACACUGGACAGAAACCCUAUCAAUGACAGGAAUGUGGGAAAUCUUCAUUUGCCUCUCAGUCGUUCAAAGACCUGAGACUGCACACUGGACAGAAAUCAUAUAAAAUGUGACGAAUGUGGGAAUGGCUUUUCUGAUCUUAGUAGUUUAUGAAACCAUAAAAGGAUUUACUAGAUAAAACCUUGUUUGUAAACAGCCUGGGAAACACUUCAAUUGGUCGAUAUCAUUACACGUAAAAACUCCCAUGGAAAAGAAGUAUAAAUGUAAGUAACAUGAGAUAACUUGAUGGAAAGUAAUCUAUGCCUAAUGUUCCAGAAAACCUUCAAUAUGAAAGAGUUUUUAAAUUUUUUGUUUAUUAUUAUUUAUUUUUUGCCAGGCUGUGCAGCAUGUGGGGAAUCUUAGUUCCCCAACCAGGGAUCAAACCUGUGCCCCGUACAGUGGAAGAGCAGAGUCUUAACCACUGGACUGCCAGUGAAGUCCAGAAAGAGUUGUUUUAAAAGUUUAUGGGACUUCCCUGGUGGUGCAGUGGUUAAGAAUCCGCCUGCCAAUACAGGGUACAUGGGUUCAAGCCCUAGUCCUGGAAGAUCCCACAUGCCACAGAGCAACUAAGCCUGUGUGCCACAACUACUGAGCCUGCACUCUAGAGCCCGUGAGCCACAACUACUGAGCCCACGUGCCACAACUACUGAAGCCUACACGCCUAGAGCCCAUGCUCUGCAACAAGGGAAGCUGCCACAAUGAGAAGCCUGUGCACUGCAACGAAAAGUAGCCCCCUCUCGCCACAACUAGAGAAAGCCUGUGUACAGCAGCGAAGACCCAAUGCAGCCAAAAAAAAAAAAAAAAAGUUUAUAAAUAUGUUGGGUUUACUCAGGAUCCUUCUUCAAGUGUAUCCUUCAAUGGUGGAUUUCUACUAAUUUCACAAACGAAUAAUAAUGUGAAUUCAUUCUGUAAUUCGUCUUUCAACAAUAGUACAUAACGUUUAAAGGUAGUGAUUUUUCCUUUAAUCGGAUAGUUAUUUUGUUCUAUUUACUUCUGAAGCCUGUUGGAUUCAUGGAUGCAUUUAAGUGUAUUUCUAGUAUGCAGUGAGGCUUAAAUUUUUAUAAUGUUCUAUUCAUUCUCUGUUAAUGGGCCACUGAAAAAUGGCAGUUUGGUAUUUGUUGGGAUUUCCUAGUAGUUUUGUGUGGCAGUUCCUAGGUCUAUAAUCUAUUGUAUAUAUUGUACCCUUUUUACUGAGAAAGAUCCUUUUUGGUGGUGGUGCCUAUAGGAGCCUUUUCCCAUUUUCCAUUCUAUUAAACACUUGGAAUAAAUUUUAUGUAUGACUAGGAUGUCAAAGAGUAUACUGUUAUGUAAAUUAUGAUUUUUCCUAUUUGCUUUUUGUGUUUCCUUCUGACUGGUAUUUGUUGAAUAGACUGUGAGACUUGUGAUAAUACAAAAAAUCUGGAGUUGGAGAUAUCUUGCCUGUGCAUGAUAUUAGAACCUAGACUUUCCAGAAUCUAUCCCCUUUGUGGUUCCAUGUUAGCAUUCACCAACAGCUCACCUGUGUGUGAUUUUAAAGCAGAUGCAGAGAAGACAUUCUUCAGAUAGUGGAGUCCCCACACUGGGAGAGAGGCAGAUACGUAGGAGCUUCAAGGACACCAUCUCCCAGCUUAUUUUCAAGAUUCUGUGUCCUUGUAGUCAAGAGUGUCCUCAACACCCCCAACAAAUGUUUGAUUUCCAAUAUACAUGUAGUUUCCCCUGAUAUCUUCACAGCUUCCACAUCAAAGAUCCAUCAGAGUUCGACUUUUUUCUGUAAGCCCUCUUGUGUCCACUUCGAAAGUUAUUUCAGUAUUUUAUGGUUGGUAAUAGUCUCUGAUUCCACUCCUCUCUGGAUUAUAUCUUUAUAGUGUCUAAUAUGUGUAGGAAACACUUUAUGUUGUUAAUAAUACCAGUAAGUAUGUGUUCCUGACUCACCAUGACAUUCACAAUGGUGCCGCCAAAAAGAAUGACAUGAGAGUUUGUUUCUCUGCUGCAUUGUGCAGGGGCAUCGGUGACCCAUUGUUUCCAUGUGAGAAUAAGCACCUCCUUCUGUCAAGAUGGCUAUGGGUGUUUCCUGUUACUUGUAGCUGAAUAUAAUCCCCCAACAUGUUUUUUAUUGUAUUUUAUUUUACAUGAUUGAAGCUGUUUGAAUUUUUUGUGAAACAGUAGUUUUUGUAGUCUUUUCAAAUAUUUUACCAACUCUUUUUGAAGCUUUCAUUAGCUAACAAAUGUUACUUUUCAUUUCCUCAAAGAAUAUGUUAAAGUACCCAUUUUAUGUAUGAAUAUUUAGAAAAACCUUGCAGCUUUCUUCAUUUAAUCAUUAUGCAAUAUGAAUAAGUUUUUAAAAAAUAUUUAUUUAUUAGGUUGGCCAAAAGGUUUGUUCGUUUUUUUUCCAUAAGAUGGUCUAGUAGGGCUUGUCUGGUGGCACGGUGGAUAAGAAUCUGCCUGCCAAUGCAGGGGACACGGGUUCGAUCCCUGGUCUGGGAAGAUCUCACAUGCCGUGGAGCAACUAAGCCCAUGUGCCACAACUACUGAGCCUGUGCUCUAGAGCACGCAAGCCACAACUACUGAGCCCACGUGCCUAGAGCUUGUGCUCUGCAACAAGAGAAGCCACUGCAAUGAGAAGGCCGUGCACCACAACAAAGAGUAGCCCCCGCUCGCCGCAACUAGAGAAAGCCCGUGUGCAGCAACAAAUACCUAACACAGCCAAAAAUAAAUAAAUUUUUUUAAAAAUUAAAAAACAAAUGAUGGUCUAGUAGCACUAAGUUGUCUUUAACUUCAUUCAAAACAAUUUUGUUAGAUUGUAUUGUGGCAGUUCUCAUAUCAAUAAGCAUUUUUUAAAAAAUCAAAAUUGGUGAAUUUUUGUGUAGCCAUUUUAAUAUUGGUGAUGUAAGAAAAAAAGUAACAUAUUUGGCAUAUUAUGCUUUAUUAUUUCAAGAAAGGCAAAAACGCAACUGAAACGCAAAAAAAAAAAUCUGUGCAGUGUAUGGAGAAGGUGCUGUGACUGAUCAAACCUGUCAAAAUUCGUUUACCAAGUUUCAUGCUAGAGAUUUCUCGCUGGACGAUGCUCCACAUUGGGGUAGACCAGUUGAAGUUGAUAGCGAUCAAAUGGAGACAUUAAUUGAGAGCAGUCGACGUUAUACCACGUGGGAGAUAGCCUACAUACUCAAAAUAUCCAAAUCAAGUGUUGAAAAUCAUUUGCACCAGCUUGGUUACGUUAAUCGCUUUGAUGUUUGAGUUCCACAGAAGUUAAGUGAAAAAAACCUUCUUGAUCGUACUUUUGCGUGUGAUUCUCUACUGAGAUGUAAUGAAAACGUUCCGUUUUUAAAACAAAUUGUGACGGGUGAUGAAAAGUGGAUACUGUACAAUAAUGUGGAACGGAAAAGAUCGUGGGGCAAGUGAAACAAGCCACCACCAACCACACCAAAGGCUGGUCUUCAUCCAAAAAAGGUGAUGUUGUGUAUAUGGUGGGAUUGGAAGGGAGUCCUCUAUUAUGAGCUCCUUCUGGAAAACCAAACGAUCAAUUCCAACAAGUACUGCUUGCAGUUAGACCAACUGAACGCAGCACUCAACAUAAAGCAUCCGGAAUUAGUCAACAGAAAACGCAUAAUCUUCCAUCAGGAUAACGCAAGACCGCAUAUUUCUUUGAUGACCAGGCAAAAACUGUUACAGCUUGGCUCGGAAGUUCUGAUUCAUCUGCUGUAUUCACCAGACAUUGCACCUUCGGAUUUCCAUUUAUUUUGGUCUUUACAAAAUUCUCUUAAUGGAAAAAAUUUCAAUUCCCUGGAAGACUGUAUAAAAGGCACCUUGAACAGUUAUUUACUCAAAAAGAUAAAAAGUUUUGGAAAGAUGGAAUUAUGAAGUUGCCAGAAAAAUGGCAGAAGGUAGUGGAACAAAAUGGUGAAUAUGCUGUUCAAUAAAGUUUUCGGUGAAAAUGAAAAAUGUGUCUUUCAUUUUUACUUAAAAACCGAAGGAACUUUUUGGCCAACCCAAUAUUUAUUUAUUUAUUUUGCUGUGCUGGGUCUUAGUUGAGGCACGCAGGAUCUUCGAUCUUCGUUGCAGCAUGCUGGAUCUUUGGUUGCAGUAUGCGAACUCGUAGUUGCCAUAUCUCGUAGUUCCCUGACCAGGAAUCGAACCUGGGCCUCUUGCAUUGAGAGCGUGGAGUCUUAGCCACUGUACCACCAGGAAAUCCCAGUAUGAGUCAGUUUUAUCCUGUGAAUGGAAGGUCAGCUACUUUAUCCUCAGGCCAUUUUCUUAUUUUGUUACAGUUUUUGUCAUGAAACUCAUUUGUUACUCAUUCUUAUCUGCGAAGUUAAAUCAUGGGUUUUUUCAGUGCCGUCUUGUCAGGGACCCAUAAGGUCACAGCUCUAGUAACAUACUGGGGUGAAAUAAAUUCUAUUAAGAAUGAUUGCAGGGCUUCCCUGGUGGCGCAGUGGUUGAGAAUCCGCCUGCCAAUGCAGGGGAUGCGGGUUCGAGCCCUGGUCUGGGAAGAUCCCACAUGCCACGGAGCAACUCGGCCCGUGAGCCACAAUUGCUGAGCCUGCGCGUCUGGAGCCUGUGCUCGGCAACGAGAGGCCGUGAUGGUGAGAGGCCCACGCACCGCGAUGAAGAGUGGCCCCCGCUUGCCACAACUAGAGAAGGCCCUCGCACAGAAACGAAGACCCAACACAGCCAUACAUACAUACAUACAUACAUACAUAAAAAGAAUGUAAGCAGACAAGAAUAGCAUUAAAAAAAAAAAAAAAAAGAAUGACUGCAGAUAAACAAAGGCCUCCUGUAUAGCAUAGGGAACUAUUCAAUAUCCUGUAAUAAAGUGUAAUGGAAAAAAAUAUUAAAAAGUAUGUAUGUAUAACUUAAUCACUUUGCUGUACAGGAGAAAUUAACACAAUAUUAUACAUCAACUAUAUUUCAAUAAAAAUUUUAAAAAAGGAUGAUUACAAACCCUAUAAGACUGGUGUGUAACAGUAACAGGGUGCUCAAAAGGACUUCUUACAGAAAUUUCACUUGUGUUAGAGGAUUUGAUUGCUAUUCAAGGCAGCAAGAUGUUUUUCUUUAUUGAAUGCUUUCAGGAGGUUUAAUUUAUUUUAUUAUUGGUGAUUGUAAACAUUUUCUUGAAGGCAAAAACAUCAUGGAGCUAAACUUAAUUAGUAAGAAGCAUCAUUCAAUUAUAUUAGUAAG